CUUCACAAGCACGCUAUACCUACUAAACAAGUUUCGCGGUGUUAUUUAUUUUUCAUUUUCUAAGCUUCUAAAAUAAAUACGUAAGUACUGGAAACUCCAACUAUGGAGCAAAUAUACAAACCAAAGAAUGGAGAAGUAAUAUCAGUUCAACAAUCCUUUCUGGGAUUCGUGAAUGAGCUGCUCACUCCGGCCUUAACGAGAACCCCGUGUGUUGAAGAGGAUAUUGCUGAGGCGAUUGGAUUCACCGGAACUAACAACCAGUUCAACGAUCUGAUGCAGUCCAUCGACCUUGACUUAAACCUACCUAGUACCAAAGAUCUACGCGUUAUGCCGUUCGAUCCAUCUAAUGUUCAGACUGUACAGAAACCAAUCGAAAUUCCGGAAAAGGCACGUAAAUUCCGCUGCGUUCAGACUGCUUUAAACAUAACCGGAAGAAUCCGUAAGAAUCUGGACACUAGAAUGCGUUACAACAAGCAUAAGUACACGGCAUGUCCACAAACGGACGAACCUGAUCUGGUUCCAUUCGAGGAAAUGUUGAUUAAAAUACGAUUCUACGAACCUUUCAAGUACAAAACAGGAGUUCGCUUAGGACAUCCAAAAUUUCAUCAGGAAUUUUACGUAAUCGGUUCUCAAACUCUAGCGGAACUAAGAGAUAAAAUAUAUUGCCCGUGCGAUGCAGGUCCAUUCUUUGAUUUAAGCGAAAAUCCUCACGAACCGGAAGAAAAACGCUCACCGGAUGAAGCAAAUCCUGGCUUCUUUUUCAUUCACGACACUUUCUACAACGACAUGAGAAACGACGAUAAUAUGGACUAUUCGGAUGUGAUCCUCAAAUGGGCAGAACGACAAAAGUGUGUAGGGGAGUUGAAAAGCAAGAAGAUGGAAGACACUAAAUUCGACCAAUUAUUUUUCCGGUUGGGAUAUCCACAGGUUUAUCAACAUCACGGCAACUGUGAGCACAUAUUCGUAAUGUCGGACUGCCGGUUACUUACUUUCUCUGACGUACUGACUCGGAAGCGAUAUCCAAUUUUGAAUUCCUAUGCCUUUCCUCGAUCGAUUCCGUGCAACAUUUGUGGCCAUUGUGAAGCGAACUUUAUUGUGAAGAACAGUGACCAGCACAUUUUCGACCCGGCUUACGUGUGCCAAGCGUGCUUCGAAUCAUAUCACUACAAAGACGGGAAUAAAAUUGGAGAAUUCGAAGCGUUCCGCUUCCUCGGCACUAAGGUAGCAGUGAAGGAAGAUGAGGCUGAAGGUACUAGUGCUAGCUAAAUAGGCUGAAUAAUUAUUACUUAAAUUUCCAUCUGGGUUUUAUUGGAAUAUAAUACAAAUAAAAACUUAGUUAGGUUUCUGCUUCUCAA